AUGACCAUCUUCUGCAGCCACUGCCACAGGCCGCUGCAGGCAGAGACGAGCUGCCUGCCCAGGAGGGCUGAGCAGGCGCACGGUGCCUCCAAGCCGUUGAGGUCAACCAAGAGUGCCUCCAAGGCACGCCGGGACCAGAUCAAUGCGGAGCUGCAAGCACUGCGCUCUCUGCUGCCCAUCUCCACGCAGGAGAAGGAGCGGCUCUCCUACCUCCACACCAUGGCCCUGGUGUGCCUCCAGCUUCGGGGAGCUCACCUCUUCCCUCCAGCCUCAGCUCCUCCCUCAGGACCGGUCCUUGCUGCGGAGCUGCUCUCCUUGCUGCCAGGGUUUCUGCUUGUGCUCUCAGCCGGUGGCAAGCUGGUCUACAUCUCUGAGAACGUGUCUCAGAUCCUGGGUCUCUCUAUGGUGGAGCUUCUUGCCCACGGGGACACCAUCUUCGACAUCAUGGAUGGGCGAGCAUGGGAGGACGUGCACAAGAAGCUUCUCCUUGCCCAGGAGCAGCCAGGCAGGGAAAUCACCUUUGUCAGUGAGAUGCGCACAUCCAAGGCCUUCCGGCUGCAGCACGGGGGAAAUCAGGCUGUGGCAGUAUGUGGGCGCUUUGUGGUCCCACGCUGGCCGGCCUCCCCCUCCACCACAGCCUUCCUGGCCCUCUGCACCCCGGUUGCACAGCUGGAUGCAGAUCAUGACGCUGAUUCUCAGGACAACCUGUUUCAGAGCACACAUGCCCUAGACAUGAGGUUUAUGGAUGUCACAGAGAGUGCCAUCUACCACCUCGGCUACCUCAGGGAGGAACUGAUUGGCCAGUCAUGGUACAGCCUCCUGCAUCCUGAAGAUGCUGAUGUAGCAGCCGCUCAGCACAGGGCUGUGGCGCUGGGUGCCGGGGCCGCGCCGGGGCCCGUCGUGCUGCGCGUGCUCCGCAGGGACCGCACCUGGGCCUGGCUCCGCGUGUCAGCGCGGCGCGGGGGCCGCUGCAUCACCUGCACCGGCCGCAGCCUCAGGGAGGAGGAGGCGCUCUACUUGCGCGCCCGGCAGCGCGGCCCGCCGCCGCUCUACACAGCCCCAGCGCCGCCGCCUGCCGCCUCCUCGCCGGAAGAGGGGCUCGGUCUGCUGGCCGCACAGCUCCGCGCCCUGGCCGACAGCCUCUCGCCGCCCGCCGCCUAUACCAGGACGGAGGCCUGCUCUUACGGCCGGCCGCAGCCGGACGCCGCCCUGGCGCUAGCCCGUCUCCUAGGCGACGCGCUGGAAGCUUCCGGGUCGCACACGACGCAUGCGCAUGGCGCGCCGCUUCUCCACCAAUAA